UCUGUCUCUUGAUUGACAACUGCUGUCAACAGAGUCGAAAUUCGAAAGUAACCUAAAAUUGAAUUGGUAAAUUAAUUUAUAACAUAAAUACAUAUAGGUUUAAUUUAAAACAUUGUAUGACGAUUGAAGAAUAAUAUGAAUUCAUCGGUUAUUAAACUGGCGCAGACCAGCCUGGUCUCGUCUGCUGUAACACAAUGGUCGCCAACACUAGCCUCGCAGCUACACACGUCCGCUCCGCUGUGCAGAGUUGUGUCAGGAAAGUACAGGAUCACAAAGAAACGCGACCGACCUCUGACAUACGAGAUGGCCAACCCGCCGCAUUACAUCGCUCAUCGUAAAUCGUGGAACUCUUGGAACACAUCAAGUUUAAAAGAUGGUUUGAGAAGAUCAGAGACAGCUGUAGAGGAUGAAUUUAUCAGGAAAUUUAUGUCUGGGACAUGGCACGGACUUGUAUGCAGCGAGGUUAUAAUCAAAAGACAGUUCAACCACAUAAGAGUAGCGGCCAUCAUAAGAAGAGCUGUGUCUCCAACAAAGAUGUACUUCCUUCUGGGCUACACCGAGGAACUCCUGGCCAACUGGCUCCAAUGCCCGGUCACACUAGAGAUACAAACAGUGGACAGUUUCAAAGAUGUUGUGUUCAAAUAUAUUUAAAUUAUAUUGUAUAGAAAUUAGGUAGUUAAUAAAGUAUUGUGUAAAAUAUGA